AUGGACAGAAUCGCAAAGCUCUUCAACUAUCUCCAACUCAAGGAGAAGACCAUUAGUGCAUGCUGCCUACCAGAGCUCCAAGAUGUGCCGUCAAAUGAGCACUUUGGGCUCAUCAAAUCGAGCUUUGCAUCCACAUUUGGCGGGCUACUGGAUGUCAAGGCUGAAGACUCACCGAUCAAUCUCAACAUGUCCGAAAACAAGCUGCUCAAGGUGCUCAGUGAUGAUGGUGAUGCAGUGGACCUUGUCCUGCAGUCAACAAGGGCUGAAAUCCUUGAAGAAUUCGACAUCGACCCACGGCUCCUCUCUAUGCCCGAGGCACAGGCUGAGCCAUUGCUGGUGCACCCUCAUGCCACCUCAGUUUCCAGCAUUGGAACAGACGCUCAGCCGCAAGCUAUGAGGAAGCGCAAAGCAGAUGAUGACACCAUUGUCAUCUCCGACAGUGAAGCUGAUGAGCUGCUGCCCCACAAAAUCAUGCAGCAUAUGAUUACCACUACUGGGGGUGAUACUCCAGAAGUCACUACAUCACUGUCAACUCAGGUAAGCCCACUCUUCCUCUUUGAUGAUCCUCCUUCUACCAAUGACUCAUCUUACAAAAAAUAUACGGCUUCAUAUGAAAAACUUCAUUUUACUCCCAUUCUCCCUCCUAUUGAUACCCUCUUCCUAGGCAAUAGCAUGGGUAACCCAUGGGUAUUCCGUGCUGUACCCGCACCCAUACCUGUGUGGAACUAG